UGGAAAACAUAGACAACAAAGACACAAAGUAAAGAAAAUAGGGAGUUGUUAGAUAUAUAUAUAUACAUGUAAACAUAUACAGACACACACUAUAUAUUUAUGUUUUAUAUACAUAUAUAGACAUAGACGUAUUAGAGCAUCAGAAGUCUAAAUCUUUAUGUAAGAUUCAAGAUCAAGAUAGGGGGCAUGCAGUAAAGCUGGACCUUUUCACUAUUUUUGGGUAAAAAUCUUUUCUUGGUAAUUUCUUUUUAGUCAAUCUAAGAAGAAGCUCUAUAUACUUGACUUGACUCAUUCUCGAGAGUUUUUCUUUUUUGAGAUAUGGGUUGUAAAGAUUACAGCUUUGUGGUAAAGGGGGUGGCUGUUUAAUCUUGAAAAGGUUGAAACUUUAUCUAUGUUGUGUGCUAAUUUCAACACAAUUGAGAUUUUUCUGCCAGAAAGGUUUUUGGGUUGUGGAUUGAUUGUUUGAAGAAUUUGUUGAAUUCGGUUUUUUGAGUUAUUCUUGGAUUUUGAGUUUCUCAGUUUUUUAGUUGUUGUUACUUUGAUAUUUGGAGUUACCCUUGGGGUUUGGGGAGUUUGGAUUUGAAGGAAGAGGGGAGGGGGGAUGUGAUGGAGGACAAAGCAGCAGCUUUUCAUACUGCUAUAAAUGCAGUGCAGGCACUUGGUAGGGGCUUUGAUGUGAACUAUGAUACCAGGUUGCUCUAUUGUAAGGGAGUGGCUGGUUCUAGGGUUGUAGAGAUUAAUGAACAACAUACCAGGGAUCUUUGGUUAUAUGAUGAUGUCGUUCUCCCAAAUGUCUCAAAGGAUAUUAAGAACUUUCAAGAGCCUGGCGGUCGCGAUGGCACUACUGUUUGCUCUUAUAAUGAGAUGGUGGAGUAUUUUAAUAAAAGGGCUAAUCUUUCAGACCAUGCUCCUCUCGGUAGCUUCAGUGUAGCAUUCAGUUACACUGGUUCAAAGCAUGUAGAUGCUGCCACUACAAAGACACUUUGUAUGGAUGGAUUUUUCAUACCGCUUUCUAAGCUUCAACUCAUGACCUCCCCACUGGUCUUACAGGAAAAUGUUAAAAGAGCUGUCCCUACGUCAUGGGAUCCACCAGCAUUGGCAAGCUUCAUUGAAAAUUUUGGGACGCAUGUAAUCACAUCUGUAACUAUCGGUGGAAAAGAUGUAAUUUAUGUUAAACAGCACAUAUCAUCACCUCUGUCCACUGCGGAAGUAAAAAACUACAUUCAAGAUGUUGGAAAUCAGAGGUUCUCCAGCGCAGAAAGCCUUACAAGUUCAGGUUUAUUGAGAUACAAGGAUAAGGCUAAUGAUCCAUCGCUCUUCAAUAAUCAGGGGGUAUAUCCCCAACCCAGUAGUGCGCCAUAUAUUCCCGGAAAUGGAAAAGAGGAUGUUACAGUCAUUUUCAGAAGAAGGGGAGGGGAUGAUCUGGAACAAAGCCAUACUCAAUGGGAAAAGACUGUUAGAUCUUCGCCAGAUGUCAUUGAGAUGUCGUUUUACCCAAUCACUCUUCUCCUUGAAGGGGUCAAAGGGAAGGAUCAUUUGGCACGGGCCAUAAGUCUUUAUCUUGAAUAUAAACCUCAAAUUGAGGAGCUUAGAUAUUUCCUGGAGUUUCAGGUCCCAAGAGUAUGGGCCCCUGUACAUGACAGACUUCCUAACCAACAACGAAAGGAACCUGUAUGUCCGUCUCUUCAGUUCAGCAUGAUGGGGCAAAAGCUCUAUGUUAGCCAAGAACAAGUGUCAGUGGGACGUAAACCCGUGACUGGCAUGCGGCUAUAUCUUGAAGGGUCCAAGGGGAAUCGACUAGUCAUCCAUCUUCAACAUCUCGCUUCUCUUCCUAGGAUCCUACAACCAUACUGGGAGAGUCAUGUCGCAAUUGGUGCUCCAAACUGGCAAGGUCCAGAAGAACAAGAUAGUAGAUGGUUUGAGCCAGUGAAAUGGAAGAACUUCUCACAUGUGAGUACUGCACCAAUUGAGAGUCCUGAAACUUUCAUAGGCGAUCUAUCUGGUGUGUACAUAGUUACGGGAGCUCAGCUUGGGGUCUGGAAUUUUGGGUCGAGAAACGUUUUGUAUAUGAGGCUGUUGUAUUCAAGGUUACCGGGCUGCACCAUUAGGAGAUCAUUGUGGGACCAUACACCAAAUGAUAAGUUAAGGAAACAGGCCGAUAGUGGGAAUAACGAUGAAAGUUCAAUUACAGGGGAGAAUCUUACAGGCAAUAAGUUGGCAAAGUUUGUUGACAUGACAGAAAUGAGCAAGGGACCUCAAGAUCCUCCAGGUCAUUGGAUUGUCACAGGCGGAAAGCUCGGUGUUGAGAAAGGGAAAAUUGUUUUGAGAUUAAAGUAUUCUUUGCUUAAUUAUUAGUUAAUAGAGUUUUGAAACAUGCAGCAUUCGGUUCUAGAAAGGGAGAGAUGGUGGUGUUUUUGGUGUAUAUUGGUGUUUUGGUUGUUUCUUGUGUACUAUCUUUGUUUGAUGGUAAAGUUCCCUUUGGAAAAGAAUGCAUGCUUGGUUGUUCUGGAUGUGUAGAUUUCUCAAAUCUUGCUGCACAAUUUUCUUC